GCGGUAUUGGCUUGUUGACUUAUCAAUCGGCAGCCGGAGCAGGCAGCAGCAGCAGCAACGACGCAGACGUAGAUAAGCUGCCACGAUGCAGCGUUAGACUUGUCCCGGAAUUGCCGAAAUAUUCGUAGAUUGUUGUCAUAGCAGCAGCAGAAGCAAUGUUUAAAGAUUGGCGAAGGCAGCGGAGCCGCAGCCACAGGCGCUGGCGGCACCACCAGCAGCCACAGAAGCCUCCUUCCGAUAGGGAAACAAUGAUUGUGUUUGUCUACGACACGGAGUGCCUGAAGGAAGAGGCGGAUGAUCCGAUUAAGGCGGUGCUGUACUUCCAUCCCAGCUGGGUCUCCGACUACCAGAAGGUGGCCCUCUGCGGCCAGUUGAUGGGAACGACGUACUUCCUCAAGGACUGCUUCUUCAAGCCACGCGUUCUGGCCUUGCAGAAUGGCAAGUUUGUGCUCAAGGAAUUCGGACGCUUCACACUGGCCGUUGGAACCGAUCGAAAUAUCAGUGAUGAGAACCUGGAACAUCGCGCGGAGCUGCUGAGCUCCCUGCUCAAGUUCUUUCAUCGUGACCUGCAGACGCUGUACGACCAGUACGCCCUGCCGCCCGCUCCGAACACCAGGAAUCUGUGCGACAAGCUGUACCAGAUCUUUGAGACAUAUUUGCCCAUGAUGCACCGCAAUGGAGACACAUUCCAGAACGUUCCUCGUCUGCGCAUGCCCAAGACCGCCAGCCACAUCUUCCUGGAGGCCAUACAGGUGCUGCAGAGUUGCCAGGAGACAAAGGGCAUACUGGGCGGAGUCAUUCUCUAUCACAACAAGGUGGUGGCCUCGCAGCUGAGCGACGUGGUGACCAAGAAACUGGUCCUCACCGAUCCACGGCACAUCCGCAACGCCGCAGAGCAGCUGACAACGCAGCAGUUCCACGUCCCGUAUGGCGUGCAGAUGAUGGUCGUGUACCUGGAGCAGAAGCAGUACCGCCAGAUGGCAGCGGAUGCACAGCGUGCGCAGAAUCUGCUGAUGAUUACGGCGCAGACGCAGAACGGGCUGCCGUUUACGAGUGCCAAGCGGAAGCUGAAGCGGGACAAGUCGCUGAUCUUUACACACAUUCCCGAGGAGGAGCAGGCAACGGUGGACCCGCUGGCAACACUGCCAGCAGCCCGCCCCAAGUCGAUGCGUCCCACAUUCCUGCCGCUGCGGCACAAGAACAUGCACAGUCGGGAGCUGCCCGAGACCGGCACGGGGGCGAUCAACUUUGACGAGACGGACUCGUAUCCUGAGUUCAUUGGACGCACGAGUGUGUGCAACACGCCCAUGACGGAGAACAAGGUGCUGCCGGUGGCCAGCGUGAUGUCCAUUUGCGCCGAUCCCGAGGAGCUGCCACUCGCCGACGACGGCCACAACUUCAACGACAAGGCGGAGUCGCGGCGCCAAUCGCUCAAGUCGGAUGUGGAGAAGUUCUUCUCGAACUUUAUCAUCAAUCCCAGCAAGCAGUUCACGCGCCGCAAGUCCUCCGCUGAUCUGCAAGACGCCCUGCGAGCCAUCUCCAAGAAGAUACGCAGCUUCACGCCGAACUUCCGGACGGAUGUCAACCGGAAUGGCAGCGGCAGCGGCAACGGCAGUGGCAGCGGCAGUGCCAGCGACGAUCUGUCCUCCCCCUCGCCCGACUACUCGGAGUACGACGAGAACAGCAGCGCCCGCACCAUCAACGAUCCCACAUACCCGGUGUUUAUUGCCAACGGCAAGCAGAUCUCGCGCAACCUGUUCCAGCAGUUUCUCGACCAGUAUUACAAGCUGUGGGGCGUCGCCAGUGCGCAGGCCCACCAGGAUGCCGAGCUGGCAGCGCUUGUGGCCGAGUUCCAGGAGUUCAACGAAGAGGUCCACAAGCUGGACGAGCACAUGCGUCAGCAGGCACUGGCUGAAGGCUCCGACGAUCCGAAUCUCAAUCUGUCAACCCGUCAAGUGGUCAAGUCGCCGAUGGAAAAGAGCGCCAUGAGUCUGCCGCUCAAGCCAGCGGGGGAGUUGUGCGGCGUGGAGCCAGCUGCCGCAGCGCCCCUGCAGCGUGGCGCAGGGCGGAGUGGUGCUGGUGGCGUACCGCUGACUCCGCUCAUGGCAAAGCUCUCGGUGUUGGCCCUCAGCGAGACGCCCUCCAUUGAGAUUCUGACUCCGCUGACCAGCAGCAUGGUCUUUCCAUCCCGCAGCUUCGUCAAGUGUGAGGACGCAGUGGACGCCUUUGCGGCACAGUCCAUUGUGCCAGUGAAUCCAGCGCCCAGCCUGGCAAAUGGCAUGCAACGCACGGAACUCUACACCUGUGGACAGAAGAACAUGACGCUGCUGCUGCUCAUGGAGGAGGGCACCUCCCAGAAGCAGGAAGUGGUCCAAAAGAUGUUUGACAUUUGUGUGGCGAAGUUCCCGCACAUGGAAUCUCAAUUGAGUCAAACGUUGAAUGCCAAUCUGGAGGGCGAUAUGCCUGACUACAGCAACUACAGCUUCAUGUGCGUGGAUGCCAAGUGGGACGUUUUGGAGCGCAGUGGACCGUGGAAUUCAUUGGAGCUGAAAAUACUCGAGAGCAUGCACACCGCGGACUCCGAUGGGAAGCACGGUGGCCUGACGGACCUGAUUUUACGAUCCCAGGAUUCCGUUUACUAUCGCCACAAGUGCGGACGGACAGAGUUCUACUACAAGGAGCCGACGCACCGCAUCAAUGGCAUACCGCCGCCCUCGGAUCCAGUCAGCAACAUACAAAAUCGUGCCAAAGCGCAGCUGGAGCGUGAUCACUCCUACAUGUUGUUCUAGGAACAAGUAACCAAAAACCAUUACAUAAUGGAAUAGUAUCAUAUUGAAUACUCGCAUGCUUAACCAAACGAAAAACAGAAAUUGUUAGUUGGGGCCGAUGCCUGCUUCGGCGCCCACAAAAUGCCAACAUUAUGCCAUCCGCUGUUAACUUACUUUGCCAUCCUUAAGCGUCCCUGGCCGUCCAUUUGGCAGCCUCUUGAAUUGUGCUUGAAGAACCGAGAAUAAUCAACCAUCUCCUCCCGCUGUCCAUAUCAUCAAGUGAACAAUUUUAAACGAAAAGUUUUACUUUUUAUAUGCAAUUUACAAGCAA